UCAUUCGAAUGGUCAGUGCUCAAAAAGAACUCAUUCCGUGCGGUGCGAGAAGCGCAUGCUGCUCGAGAACCAACCCCUGAAAAUAAUAAAAACAAUCACACACAAAGCUAAGGAUAAUUGCAAAACAGGAUAAUUGAAGACCUCAAGCAAGGGAAAACAGUUCAAGGAUAUACACCAAUACCUAAAACCACAACUCAAUAACAAAAUGCCAGCGGAAAAAUCAAUAUACGAUCCCAACCCGGCCAUCAGCCAAAAUGCCUACAUAUCCAGCUUCGAGGAGUACCAGAAGUUCUACCAGGAGUCGCUGGACAACCCAGCCGAGUUCUGGUCCCGCGUGGCCAAGCAGUUCCAUUGGGAAACGCCCGCAGAUCCGGAGAAGUUCCUCAAGUACAACUUCAACAUCUCCAAGGGACCCAUUUCGAUCAAAUGGAUGGAGGGUGCCUCCACCAAUCUGUGCUACAAUCUCCUAGAUCGCAACGUAAGGAACGGCCUGGGCGACCAGAUAGCCUACUACUGGGAGGGCAACCACCCCGACGAUUAUUCCCGAGGUCUUACCUAUCGCAAGUUGCUGGAGGAGGUGUGCCGCUUCGCCAACGUGCUGAAGGAUCAUGGCAUUCGAAAGGGCGAUCGUGUAUCCAUUUACAUGCCCAUGAUUCUGGAGCUGCCCAUCGCGAUGCUGGCCUGCGCCCGCAUUGGAGCCGUGCACUCGAUCGUUUUCGCCGGAUUCUCACCGGACUCGCUGGCGGAGCGGAUGUUCGAUUGCAAGGCCAAGCUGCUGAUUACGGCGGAUGGAGCCUGGCGUGGAGAGAAACCCCUGUACCUGAAGGCUCUGUGCGACACGGCCUUGGAGAAGGUCGAGGAGAUGGGACACUCCGUGGAGAAGUGCAUCGUGGUGUCGCACUUGAAGCGCGUGACUCCGUGCCAGCCGGAUCAUGUCGAGGAGGAAAUCCCAUGGACCGAUGACCGCGAUUACUGGUGGCACGAGGAGAUGGAGGACAAGGAGCCGGCCUGCUAUCCCGAGUGGAUGGACGCCGAGGAUCCGCUGUUCAUGCUCUACACCAGUGGCUCCACUGGCAAGCCCAAGGGAGUGCUCCACACGACCGCCGGAUAUCUGCUGUAUGCGGCUACGACCUUCAAGAUCGUAUUUGACUAUAAGCCAGGGGAUAUCUACUGGUGCACCGCCGAUGUUGGCUGGAUCACGGGCCACACCUACGUCGUGUACGGACCAUUGGCCAAUGGGGCCACUUCAGUGAUUUUCGAGGGCACACCAUUCUUCCCUGGAAACGAUCGUUACUGGAGUGUCAUUGACAAAUAUAAGGUAACCCAGUUCUACACAGCUCCCACGGCGAUUCGUGCCCUGAUGAAGUUCGGCGAGGGUCCCGUUCUGAAGCACAACCUGAGCGGACUCAAAGUUUUGGGCAGCGUGGGUGAGCCCAUCAACCCGGAGGCCUGGCUCUGGUAUUACAAGUACAUUGGAAAGGAGCAGUGCUCCAUUGUGGACACCUUUUGGCAAACGGAAACCGGUGGUCAUGUCAUUACACCUCUGCCUGGAGCGACUCCCAUGAAGCCGGGAUCUGCUUCAUUCCCCUUCUUUGGAGUGAAGCCCACUUUGCUGGAUGAGUGCGGCAUUGAAAUUAAGGGGGAGGGAGAGGGCUACUUGGUCUUCUCGCAACCUUGGCCGGGAAUGAUGCGCACCUUGUAUAACAACCAUGAACGUUUCGAGGACACUUACUUCUCCAAGUUCCCAGGCUACUACUGCACUGGCGAUGGAGCCCGUCGCGAUGCUGAUGGCUAUUUGUGGAUCACUGGCCGUGUAGACGACAUGUUAAACGUGUCCGGUCAUCUAAUGUCCACCGCCGAGGUUGAGUCGGUUCUCACAGAGCAUCCUCGCGUGGCUGAGUCCGCCGUGGUUUCCCGUCCGCAUCCCGUCAAGGGCGAGUGUCUCUACUGCUUCAUUACGCCGAACGAGAACGAGGUAUUCGACCAGAAACUAAUUUCGGACCUGAAGAAGAUGGUGCGAGAACGUAUCGGACCUUUUGCCAUGCCGGAUGUCAUUCAAAAUGCUCCCGGACUGCCCAAAACUCGUUCCGGCAAGAUUAUGCGUCGUGUGCUGCGCAAGAUCGCGGUUAACGAUCGCAACGUGGGCGACACAUCUACCUUGGCCGAUGAGCAAAUUGUGGAGCAACUGUUCGCCAACCGGCCAGUGGAGGCCAAGUAGAUGUAGAUGGUAGCUGUUGGACCAACUGGCAGCAGCCAGGAUCCCUUCACCCAAGGCUUUCUCCGGUUGCACUGGCCACUCCACUUUGCCAUCGCAUUUCUACCACUUACGUAUCGCGAUUACGUAUCCUGUAAAUCUCCCUCUACUUGUAUGAAUUACCCACUGCUUAAUGUUUGUUCCGUUCCGGGCUACGGCGUGGUUAGCACCUUUCAAAUUCUACUUAGCUCGUAAGCCUAAGCGUGUGCGUAAGUAAGUGACUGGGUGGUUUCCGAUCCCAGUUAUCUAUCGUCUAUAUGAUUUUGUGUACUUGCCUGUUCACCGUAGUUAACAUGCUCACCACGCACACAUUUUCCAGUUCUUUUGUUUCUUCGUUGUAGUCGUAGUUUAAGUUCUCGCUAAUUCGUUGUGAUACAAAUUUAAUUAUAUCUUACUUAUGUAUGUAUUUUUAGUAGAAUUGAUAUGAGACAAAAUAUAUACACGAUUCCAAUUGUCGCCACAAAUUACACAGAUCACCUCUUUUUAGUUGUAUCCUUUUUUGUAGUGUCUCUUUCAAACCUUUUCAGAUCUGAGAAGAUGCGCACGUAAGUCCGGAAACCAUAGGGGAUAUCGGUUUCAUCCCCGUCCCAUUAGCCCAUAAGUUUGAGAACGAUACAUAUCUGUGUGGCAUUAUGCUUGCCACAUUCCUACAUACGAUCUACAUGUUAAAGAGAAACGCUCGGAUAUACUAUAUACACUAUAUAUAUACAUGUUAUAAGGUCAGAAGACUUACUGCAACGAAACAUAUCAUUGAAGUUACUGCUGCAAGCCUAUGGAUAUAAGUAUAGAGGCUUUUAUUGUUAGAGAUCGUUAUCUUGAGGAGAUCGGCUUGGAAGUAAUGGAUAUCAUGGAUUGGCUGAUUAGGGGCAGCGGUCCCCAGUCUGAUUGUAAAAAGAUUGUUAGUUAUACAGCGAUGGCGAACGAAAGAUUGCAAUUUACAUAUCUAUAUAUAAAUAUAUAUAUAUUUCUGUAUAUGAACGUAUGUGUAAAAUAAAGUUUAUUGUUUUAAUGUGUUUGAACCUGCAA